AUGGAGGGGGAGUGCACGAGGAGAGGAGAGGGACAGGUGGAGACGUCGGAGGCGGUGCACAGGGUGGCCGAGCCGCCACCACAGAGCACGGUGGACAAGAUGAAGGUGAGGAUGAAGGAGACCUUCUUCCCCGACGACCCGUUCCGCCGGUUCAAAGGGCAGCCACUCAAGAGGAAGUGGGUGCUCGCGGCUCAGUACCUCUUUCCGGUCCUUGACUGGGCUCCAAGCUACAGCUUCUCCCUCUUCAAGUCCGACCUCGUCGCCGGGCUCACCAUCGCUAGCUUAGCCAUCCCACAGGGAAUCAGCUAUGCCAAGCUCGCGAGUCUGCCUCCUGUAGUCGGCCUCUAUACGAGCUUCGUGCCGCCGCUGGUGUACUCGGUGCUGGGGAGCUCGAGGGAUCUCGCGGUCGGGCCGGUGUCCAUCGCGUCGCUCGUAAUGGGGUCGAUGCUGCGGCAGGUGGCGAACCCCAACACCGACCCCUACCUCUUCCUUCAGCUGGCCUUCACCGCCACCUUCUUCGCCGGCCUCUUCCAAGCGUCUCUCGGGAUAUUAAGGUUGGGAUUCAUCAUCGACUUCCUGUCCAAAGCUACGUUGGUCGGGUUCAUGGCCGGAUCUGCCAUCAUAGUCUCUCUCCAGCAGCUCAGAAACCUCCUGGGGAUCGUCCAUUUCACCAAGAAGAUGGGCGUGGUUCCGGUGAUGAGCUCUGUCUUCCACAACACCAAUGAGUGGUCAUGGCAAACGGCAGCGAUGGGGAUCUGCUUCCUGGCCUUCCUGCUACUGGCGAGACACGUGGGCAUGAGAAGGCCAAAGCUGUACUGGAUCUCAGUUGGAGCUCCACUGGCAUCCGUCAUCGUCUCCACACUCGUAGUCUUCCUGCUCAAAGCUCAGAAUCAUGGAAUCAGCACUAUCGGGAAGCUGAGAUGUGGCCUGAAUCGUCCAUCGUGGGACAAAUUACUGUUCGACGGUACCCACUUGAGCGCCACCAUGAAAACUGGGCUCGUUACAGGGAUCAUCUCCCUCGCUGAAGGAAUCGCGAGUGGAAGAACCUUUGCUUCGUUGAGGAGCUACAAGGUCGACGGGAACAAGGAGAUGAUGGCCAUCGGACUGAUGAACAUCGUGGGUUCUUGCACCUCCUGCUACGUCUCAACGGGCGCCUUCUCCCGCUCGGCUGUGAACCACAACGCAGGGUGCAAGACGGCCAUGUCGAACGUGGUGAUGGCGACGACGGUGAUGGUGACGCUCCUCCUCCUCAUGCCCCUGUUCGCCUACACCCCAAACGUCGUGCUCGCCGCCAUCAUAAUCGCAGCAGUCGUCGGCCUGGUCGACGUCCCCGCCGCAUGCAACAUAUGGAAGCUGGAUAAGGUCGACUUCCUUGUCUGCUUGUCUUCGUUCCUCGGCGUCGUCUUCGUCUCGGUGCAACAGGGCCUUGCGACCGCGAUUGGUUUGUCGACAUUUAGGAUCCUUCUCCAGAUCACAAGACCAAAGAUGAUUGCCGUAGGUAACAUUCCAGGGACGAGUAUCUACAGAGACAUGCAUCAGUACAAGGAAGCUAAAGGAGUCCCUGGGUUCCUCAUUCUUGCCAUUGAAGCCCCCAUUAACUUCUCCAACACCACUUAUCUGAACGAAAGGAUAACAAGGUGGAUAGAGAAUGAAACCAAUGAAACCACCAUGGAAGAUAAAGAAGCUAGUCUUCGGUUUCUAAUCCUAGAUUUGUCAGCUGUGCCAACAGUGGAUACCAGUGGAAUCACAUUUCUAAAUGAGUUAAAGAAGUCAACAGAGAAAGAUGGCCUUGAGGUUAUCUUUGUGAAUCCAAUGGGAGAAGUCAUGGAGAAACUUCAAAGAGCAAAUAAAAUACAUGAGUUUCUUGGAGUGGGUUCCCUUUACCUGACAAUAGGGGAGGCAGUGAUCUCACUUUCUCCAUUCAUCAAGGAGUCUGCUUAA